GGAGUCCACCUCGUAAAGGACACCUUGCUUUGAUCCCUCGAGCAGACCUGAAAUAUAACCACGACUAGGAGUGGGACCUGCUCUUGUCAACCUUCUUCUCCUCCAUUCUCUUCUGUGCCUGGUCUGUUUCUUAUACCUCUUGUCAAUUGAUUGUCGCUUGCCUCAGUGUUUGUGGCCCAGCAUGCGGUUCAACGCAGCAAUCGCCCCGGCCCUCUAUGCAUCGGCUCUCCUUGCCGGCACAACAUUCGCCCAAGAGGAGGCAGAGACGUUAACGAGUGCCGUUGAGCGGCCUACCUUUACUCCCACAAGUCUUAAGGCGCCCUUCCUAGAACAGUUCACCGAGGAUUGGGACACAAGAUGGACUCCUUCACAUGCCAAAAAGCAAGAUUCCAAGAGUGACGAAGAUUGGGCAUACGUCGGUGAAUGGGCGGUCGAGGAACCGACUGUCCUCCCGGGCAUCGUCGGCGACAAAGGCUUGGUUGUGAAGAACGCAGCUGCUCAUCAUGCCAUUUCAGCCAAGUUCCCUUCUGUUAUCAAUAACAAGGGCAAGACUCUUGUCGUUCAAUAUGAGGUCAAGCUUCAGAACGGCCUCGAGUGUGGUGGCGCGUACAUGAAAUUGCUCCGCGAGAACAAGGAGCUGCACGCCGAGGAAUUCUCCAAUGCCUCUCCCUAUGUGAUCAUGUUUGGUCCCGACAAGUGUGGAGCUACCAACAAGGUUCACUUCAUCUUCCAGCACAAGAACCCCAAGACUGGCGAAUAUGAGGAAAAACACCUCAAGAGUCCUCCCCAGGCCAAGACUGGCAAGAUGACCACCCUCUAUACUCUCAUCGUCAAGCCAGAUAAUACUUUCGAGAUGUUGAUCGACAACAAGUCUGCCAAGAAUGGGAGCCUUUUGGAGGAUUUCUCUCCCGCAGUCAACCCUUCAAAGGAAAUUGACGAUCCAAAGGACAAGAAGCCUGAUGACUGGGUGGAACAAGCCCGCAUUCCCGACCCUGACGCUGUCAAGCCUGAAGAUUGGGAUGAGGAUCAACCUUACGAGGUGGUCGACGAGGAAGCUGAGAAACCCGACGACUGGCUCGAGGAUGAACCUGCAACGAUUCCUGACCCAGAGGCCGAGAAACCAGAAGAUUGGGAUGACGAGGAAGACGGUGAUUGGAUUCCCCCUCAAGUGCCCAACCCCAAGUGCGAAGAAGUGUCUGGCUGCGGUAAAUGGGAACCUCCGAUGAAGAAGAAUCCUUUUUACAAGGGCAAGUGGACUGCGCCAUUCAUCGACAACCCCGCCUACAAGGGCCCGUGGGCACCACGCAAGAUCCCCAACCCGGACUACUUUGAGGACAAGACUCCUUCCAACUUCGAGCCUAUUGGAGCGAUUGGCUUCGAAAUUUGGACCAUGCAGUCCGACAUCACUUUUGACAACAUCUACAUUGGUCAUUCGAUUGAAGAUGCCGCAGCUUUCCGCGCCGAAACUUACGAUGUCAAGCGACCCAUCGAGGAAGCCGAAGAUGCGAAGAGCAGGCCCACGCCCGAAGAUCUUCCCAAGUCGCCCUCCGACCUCAAAUUCAUGGAUGACCCAGUCACUUUUGUCAAAGAAAAACUCGACCUCUUCAUCACCUUGGCCAAGAAGGACCCGGUUGAAGCCAUCAAGUUCAUGCCCGAGGUUGCAGGCGGAAUUGGCGGCGCUUUGGCAUUGGUGAUCGCUAUCAUCGUUGGUCUCUCAAGCAUGGGCGGGUCAGCCCCCGUUCCCAGCAAGGAGGACGUCAAGAAGGCGGCGCAGAAGGCGAAGGAUACUGCCACCGAGGUCAAGGAGAAGGUGCAGGAUUCUGCCGCCAGUGGUGCUGAGACGACGAAGGCCGAGGCUAGCAAGAGAGUUACUCGAUCGAGCGGUAACUCUGAAUAGAAUCGUGCUAGCAGGCAAACUCGACCUUCCGACUGGAUGGUGUGCGACUCGACAAUGUCGUUACUGGACUUGGGAUUGAUCCACAUGGGUUCAGGCACAAAAGGAGUCAAUUUGAGGCGGACGGCCAGAAAAAUACAAUACAUUGUCAACCAGGAUGAAAUUCUGAAGGAGGUUUCUGCCGGGAAAUGUUUUAAUGUACAUCAGCUCAAAGCCUACCAGAUCAAGGGUAUCAUGCCUGCUUGGUGGCGACGCCGCAGGCACCGUGACCACUGGUGGGAGGGAGGUCUAUGAGAUUAUGCAGCAUCAAAGUUCUGAUUGUUUAAUGUUCUGUUACAAAACUGGCUCGCGAUGACUGUCCGCUAGUCCUUUUGAGAUUUG